AAAGCAGGACCAUUUUCCUCUUCUUCAUAUAUAAACAUAUAAAACCCCUCUCCCCAAACCCAACAGUCACUCAGUGACACACAAACACAAGCAGGUGGUGGGCAACCCGAGCUCACACAUUGCUCUCUCUCUCUCUCUCUCUCUCUCCCUCGCUCUACCCACAUAAACCCUUCACUUUCCCACCUCGUUUUUGGCUCAGCACUAAACCCCAGCAACCGGCUUGGUUCGUCUACCCUCGAUUUUGGUCGGUGAUGUGUUGUUGUUGUUGGUGGUGUUUGAGCAAUUGGCUGCAUGCGUUAUUUGCUUUUUGCUGGUUUCAGCUAACUCAUAAUUACUGCAACAUUGCUACGUGGCCGGCUUUCGGUUUCGAAACGAUUUCAGUGAUAGGGAGGAGAGUGAUUACUGUGUGUUUUGUCCUCAGAUUACUAGUUCAGGUAUGAAACUUUUGCCGCUACCCUGUUUGUUGAUUUUCAUUUACAGAAUGAACAAUGCGUUUCUUGUUGUUUAUGGGUGAUAGAGUUUAAUUUGCCUCUGUUAUGUGUGAACUUUUUGAGAUAUUGCACCUUUCCCUUUUGACAAGGUUUUAUUUUGUUGUUUUAAUAAAGUUCACAUUUCCAUCAUUUUUUGUUUUGGGUUUUCUAGUGUUUAUUGAUAUAGAUUGGAGUGGUGAAGAUACUGUGGCGUUUGUUCUUGUUGUUUAUAGGAUAAAGAAAAUGGUCAAUAGUGGUGGUACUGGCAGCAACCAAGGGAUGUCGUUAGAGAAGACUAAACCAGUAGCUGUUUGUUCUAUAAAGAAAAAGCUAGCUGAAGCUGCUGUAGUGAGUAUAAGUAACCAUUUGAGUGAAGCACCUCCGGAGAUAUCUAGAAAACGGAGUGAACCUGAGCCCGUAGAGGCUACGGUGGUUCAGCCUAAGGAGGAAGCGGAAACGGGAGCCGUUGAAGAAGGUAGAGAUUGGGAUGAUCCCAUUGCAUGCCAGCUUGAAGAACUAUUGUUGUCUUAUUUGCAAGCAAUUUUCCAGAGUGCAAUCAAGCGGAUUACUGAAUGUGGGUACAGUGAGGAGGUUGCUGUGAAGGCUGUUUCUAGAGGCGGCCUUUACGUGGGCGGUAAAGACUCUGUAUUGAACAUUGUAAAUGAUACUCUGGAAUUUCUCAAGGGAGGGAAGGAUACUGAUGCUUCAAGAGAAAAUGAGUUUGAUAAUUUACAGCACGUGGUGGAGUACACAAUGCUAGAAAUGAUCAGUGUGCUUAGGGAGGUCAGGCCGUCCUUAUCAGUUGCAGAAGCAAUGUGGUGGUUACUGAUAUGUGACCUAAACAUUUUGCUAGCCUGUACAAUGGAAGGAGAUCUAUCAAGUGUUCUUGCUUUUGAAGAAGCCUCAAGUGAAAGCUCCUCUGAUUCUUCCUCUUCCCAGUUAAAAUCAGAGGCAAAUACUGAAAUGAACCAUCCAAAUCCUAGCAAUGCAAAUUCCUCAAAGCCGUCACUGCCCAACUCUCAAAACCAUCGUUCUCUCUCUGAAACACUCAAAUUUGGAAGUUUCCCAAACUCUGCUAACCCUGAAACGCCAGAAGGCAAGGAAGAGAGUUUGUCAUCUAUGCUAGAUAGUUUGGAGAAAUGUUUGGGAUCCACAAAGGAUUAUGUCCUCUCUUCAUCUCAGACAUCUACCUCUGAAGAAAAAUCAGGAGCUGUUCGAAAGGGGCGGACCAAGGCAGAAUUAGCAGCACUUCGGAAGAGGUCCUUCCAGAUGGAGAGAAAUUACAGGGCUUAUAGGUCAAAAGGAGGCUUCAAAUCGGGGAAGCUCGCUGCAUUUGGUAGUUUUGUUAUGGAAAAGAGGCCAAAGCCUCCAUCUGAUCUUCCUGGAGUUCACACAAAAGAUUCCUCAUCAAAGGUAACUGGUUCAUCUGCAAGAGGUUGCUUGUCAACAGUACCUUCAAAAGGUACCACAUCUUCAUUGCCUUCUGUGGAUACCAAGCAGAAACAGAAGUCUGAUUCAGAAGAAAAAUCUGACACUAAGACUCCAGUCAGCACCUCUGUUCCACCCAAGACUAUUGAUUACUGUGCUGGCAUCCCAUAUGAUAAGUCUCUAGGGAAGUAUGUCCCACAAGAUAAGAAGGAUGAGCUGAUUUUGAAGCUAGUACCCCGGCUGCAGAAGCUGCAGGAUGAGCUACAAAGUUGGACAGAGUGGGCCAAUGAGAAGGUUAUGCAGGUUUCUCGUAGACUUGGUAAAGAACGACCUGAACUUAAAGCACUGAGGCAAGAGAAGGAAGAAGCCGGGAAAUUUGAAAAGGAGAAACAAGUGGUGGAAGAGAAUACCAUGAAGAGGCUGUUUGAGAUGGAGCAUGCAUUGAAUAAUGCAUCCAGCCAGGUUGAGAGUGCUAACUCAACUAUCUCUAGGCUUCAGGUGAACAAUUCCACUCUCAAGAAGCAGUUGAGUUCUGCAAAAAUAAUGGCUAUAGAAUCAGCUGCUAAUCUCCAGGAAGCAUUAGAGAGGGAGAAUAAAGCACUGAAAAAGGUCCAGGCAUGGGAAGGGCAGAAGGGAUCAUUGCAGGAGGAGCUUGAAACAAAAAAGAACAAGGUGGCUGCACUUCAACAGGAUUUAGGCAAGGCAAAAAAUGCUCUUCAUCAAAUUGAGGCCAGAUGGAAACGGGAGAUAAUGGAAAAGGAAACAAUACUCGCACAGGCUGACUCUAUGAGAAAUGAAAGAGAACAGCGUGAAGCUUUAACACAAGUGGAGGAGGCCAAGAUCAAACACAAGGCUGAAGAUGACAUGCAGAAGUAUGUGGAAGAGAUCAAAUUACUUGAGAGCAAGUUAUCUGAACUUCAAACAAAAUCUGACUCCUCAAGAAUAGCAGCGCUAAGAAGGGAUGCUGCUGGAAGCUUUGGGGCUUGCCUGUCAGACAGAAAAAAUGUGAAGCCUACUAAGGGAAGCCAAAGUUCUACCAGCUUCAAGAAGUUAACAAAUUCCCGGGACCAUUUGGGGACUGAAAGUUUGAGACAGGACCGUGAGUGCGUGAUGUGCCUAUCUGAGGAGAUGUCAGUGGUUUUCCUCCCGUGCGCGCAUCAGGUUGUCUGUGCAAAAUGCAAUGAGCUGCAUCUGAAACAAGGAAUGAAGGACUGCCCUUCAUGUAGGGCUUUAAUUCAGCGAAGGAUCAAAGUGCAAUAUGCUCGUCCAUAGUGUGUAAACCACACUCAGAAUAGGAACUGGUUAGUCUGGGCAACUACUUAACCAAUGAAGUUUAGCUAAACUCAUUUUCCUAGAUGGAUUUUGUCUUUUCUUUUGUUUUCUGGGUCUUACAGUUCAUAGAGGCGGAUCAGUCCCAGAAAGAAUUAGACACAGUUAGUGGAGAUCAUAGUUUAUUGUAUAGUGUAGGCGACUUUUUACAUAGAUGAAACUCGCCUUUCGGAUAAGCCCUUUAUUGUAGUGCUUUUUAACCUGGAUAUCCUCUUUUUCCCGAAAUAAUUUCAAGGGACGAUGCUAUGGAAUCCGACAAACACAACUGCAAAUUGUC